UCGAGCUGAUAUGUGGGCUGUGGCUCUCCUGCUGGCCACUGCUACCUCAGCCUCCGACACUGAGCAUGAAGCCAGCGUCACUUCACUGCACAAAUGUUGCGGGCCCUACUCCAGUUUCAGGCAAGACAUGGUCACCGGUGAUUUCGAGUGUCAUGUGGCUGCCUCACCACUGCAUGCUCACGGGGCUCAGGUGAGGCACGGUCUCCCAGAGUCUUGCAAUACGAGUUUAAUAGCUGUGAAGCCUUCUACCGUUCUCCCUGUCUCCCGCUACUGCAUUGAUAAAGUGGAAGAUGAGUCUGAGGGUGCCGGACUGACGUCAGUAGUGGGGUUCGUGUGUGCCGAUGAAGAUUCCGUGAGAAGUGUAACUUCGCCGAAUGUGAUGACAGUAAAGAAAUGCUGUGUUAAUGGGACGUACGAUCCAGGGGACCGGAUUUGUCGUGAUAUUACUCAUGGAAAAGAAAAACUGGAAAACAUAAUUCUUCGCGAUUCUGUGUGUUUUAUAAAUUUUGAGUAUGGUUUGUCGGAAUGCCGUCCCAACGAGGCCCUAGCGAUUACUGUGGUCGAUACUGGGCAGAUAGAACUUCUGGAUAAUGGUUCUGUUCUUGUGAACACAAGCGAAGGAAUUUUAAUGUUGGAUGAUGAGGCUUUCUGUAUGGAUGCUGUCGCUAACAGCAGUGGUUCUGUGGUGGUGAAAUACUGCCAGAGUGUCGAAACAGCGUGCAGGAGAAGGCCAUGCGUUCAGAAGUGUUGUCCUGAUGGGCGAGGGAUGAUACAUUCUAAAUCCUGCACACCCUCUGAUUUCGACUUCAACCCUCAAUUCUAUAACAUAGUUUCUACUAACGGUGGAUUCGAGCGUACACAAGCAACGGUCCCUUCAUUUGCAGUUCUCUCCAACUUAAACUGUGACAAGUUCAUACUGAGACCAGAAGCAACAGAUGGCGAUAUCUCUUACUUAGAAGUUGACGGAAGGCUUUACGUUCCCAAGCACAAAGAUCCUCAUCUCACAACUGACAUGUACUGCCUCGAAAAGGUGACUUUUCCAGAAGAGGACAUGGAAGGCAUCUAUGCGUUCCUGUGCUUUCCGGAAGAUGACGUGGAGGAAGAUACUUCUCUUCAGUUUAUCCUGUGUUCGCUGGGACUUAUCACCUCCAGUGUGUUCCUUUUGGCUACGUUUCUGGUGUACGCCUGCGUGCCCAGUCUCCAGAACCUCCACGGCAAGACCCUCAUGUGCCACGUGGUCAGCUUGUUCGCAGCCUAUGUGUGCCUCAGCGUGGCGCAGCUGGGCAGUGACCACUUGGACUUCUUCUUCUGUGCGGCUAUGGGUUACUGUAUCCUGUUGACAUUCCUGGCUGCGUUCUCUUGGCUGAACAUCAUGUGUUUCGACAUCUGGUGGACUUUCGGGGUCAUACGGUCCAUGAGCCAAGGCGGCGGCAGCAGAAAGCAGCGUGAGAGGCGUCGCUUCAUUGCCUACUCGAUAUACGCCUGGGGGCUUCCCAGCGUCCUCACCGCCAUUACUGCCGCUGUAGACGUUCUGGACCUGUCGCCAGCCACACUGAAACCCGAUAUGGGCGUCCACUACUGCUGGUUCUCAAAGAUGACAUACGGUAUCGCAGUUUACUUCUUCGGUCCUGUGUCUCCAAUGAUCACUUGCAACGUGGUUCUUUUCGUGCUCACUGCCCGGAGCUGCUCCAAGGUGAAAGCAGAGAUCUACCGCAUGCAGCAGAACUCUAUUGGCGACAGAUGCAAAAGGCGGUACCAGGCGGAUAAGAACAAGCUCAUAAUGAAUGCCAAGCUGUUCGUUGUGAUGGGGGUCACUUGGACACUGGAGAUUGUCUCUUCAUUUCUGACUGAACCGCCCUGGAUCUGGUACCUGUCUGACGCAGCCAAUGCUCUACAGGGGGCUCUCAUAUUCUGCAUCUUUGUUUUGAAGCGCAAGGUAAUUCGCACUCUGGCCCACCAACUUGGGUUCCGCAACCUGGGGCAGAUCACCAGACCCAACACUGCUGAACAUCUGACCUGCUAUGACCCAUAUCGUGUGAGGAAGGCAUCAAGCAAUUCAACACUCUGCACAACCAUCACAGACACAAGAAGUGCCAGAUUCACCUCAAGUUCCUGCACAUAAGAUCACGGUUUAAUCGCUACUUGGUGUCCAGACUUGAAGAACAUAAAUCGCAAGAUUCUGAACAGAUUACAACGUUAACUGUACCACACAUUACGAGAGGAAGUGACAACAUUGUUACUGACCAAGAUAGGCAGAAGUACCACACAGCCCUCAAAGGAAACAUUGUUAAAAUCACUUUAUGGUCACCACUACACAAGACUCUGACACCAUUUUGAUUUUGAUAACCAAAAUAGAGGGCAAGAUAGGAGAGAACAGGAGAAGAGGGGGUGAAAGGAGAAAGUCGUGGGAGAAAUGAGACACACCUUAUUGUCAGGAUAGAGAGAGCAUCAUUUUGUUAGAAAGUUCCUGGACUUUGGCCAGUCAUCCUUCUAAUAUGAGUAGUGUGAAAGUGAAGGCAUUAGAUUGGUUAGAAGAAAUGGCAUGAGAAAAUUUGCAAAUGCUAGAAAUGAACAAAUAAUUCUGUAACACUGUGACAAUAGUUCUGUCUAAAAACUAUUUGCUGAAGAGAAUAAACCAUCAAGAGAAAGAAAUUCAAAACUUCUUGUACUUUAAUAUCCCAUGUUAGUAUAUAAAUAGCUUAAGCAGAUAUUACACAUCCAAAAAUACGGAUAUUUCAAGGAAAAUAAAAAGGAGGAAGAGGAAGAGGAAGAUGCUGAGGCAGAGAGGAAUAUAAGAAGAAGAUGAAAUCACAAUGUAAUAAAUUAAUUACUGCUGUGUUGGUUCAAAAACAAAUAUUUAAUAAACGCCAUGAUAUGCUGAUAAAAGACAAAAGUAUAUGCUUGAAAGUAACAGUUCCUGGAAAAAAAUAAGAGGUUUUAGAAACAGGAACUUUUGUGUCUAAGCUUCUAAUUCUUAAUGUUGCUUGCAGGCAAACAUAUGUCUGCUGAAUCUUUGAAUGCUUGAUUUUUAUUUUACCUGUUAAUUUUGGUAUUAAUCAGUUUUGUAUACAAAGGUAUGUGUAGCUAUAUAUAUUCAAGAAUGAUUCUUAAUAAAUUUUUUUUAAGAAUGCAGAAUUGAACUGCUUAAUAAUAAAUUUAUCUUAAUCGCUUAUGGCCAGCAUAAAUCAACUCAUGAAAUAAAAAUUAACCUUUAUAUUACAUUUAUGAGCAAGAAUGAAUGUGGUGUACCUAAAUUGCCAUCAUAUACAACUGAAAUCAACUAAUAAAUUAAUUAGAAAGUACAGUUUCAUAAUUAUGUUUAUUGCUAGCUUCUGUGUAACUUUACAGCUGAAAUGUUGCAUUGUGAAAUAUGUACAUAACGUCUACUGACUGCUGAUAGUCCUAAGGCAAUGAAUGUACUGUUCCUCAAAAGCGAUGUGAUAUGUAACACUAAUAGCUUAUGUACAAUUUAAAGCAAUGUAAACAUUCCAUGUGAAAAUGUAAAUUUUUAUCAAUGUGUUACUUCUUUGACCAAAAUAUAUAUACAAAAUAUUGCAUAGGCAAUUUGUAUAUAGACACUUUUGUUCUUACGAGGUUUUAUUUGCAGAUGCAUGUGGAGUCAAAGCGCACAGAAACAAAUGUACAAUGCUUGAAUUUUUUUAAAUAAUUAAAUCCAU